GCUGCGGUCACAUUUGCAAAAAUAUGCAAAAAAAGUCAAUUAUUCGCUAUAAAACGAGUUAUUGAAGUAAACAACAUUGAGGAAUUGCUUAUGCGAACGGAUAUUGAUUGAUAACUAUUGUCCCUGUAAGCCGGAGAGAUAAGAAGCCAUUAGUAUCCACCGCGACGAAGCCGAAGCCGAUGCCCCAUUCAUGCGCAUGCUGAAUCUGAGUCUGAUCUGAAACCAAAAUCGGAAUCUCAAUCGGAAGCUGAACUGAUUCGGAAACCUAACCGUGUCCACCUCCGCCAAGAUGAAUCCCUGUGUGCUGCCCACACCAUUGCCCGACUUGGAUGGCGACAAGCGUUGGCACAGCAUACACCGGCGCUUCAUCUCCGAUUGCCGGGAAAAGGAUCCGGAUGUCAUCUUCCUCGGCGACUGCAUCUUCGAGACCGUGCAGGACAGCGAGGCGUGGAACCAGUACUUUGCACCGCUGCACUGCCUUAACUUCAGCAUUCGCGACGAUUGUACCGAGCACGUCCUGUGGCGCAUCGAGAACGGAGCCCUGGACAAUGUGAAUCCCAAGAUAGUGGUCCUGCAUGUCGGCACGAACAAUGUGAAGAACACUGCCGAGGAGGUGGCCGAAGGAGUGUUGGCCAACGUGACGAAGAUCCGUCAAAAGCUGCCCCACGCCUACAUCCUUCUUCCUUCACUGCUGCCGCGCGGUCAACAGCCGAAUAUGCUGCGCGAAAAGAAUUCCACCAUCAAUGAGCUGAUCAAUGGACUCACCAAGGGAUUGUACCGCGUCCAGACCGUGGCCAUCGACAAGGGAUUGAUCCAGAGCGACGGCAGCAUCAGCCAUCACGAUAUGUUCGACUACAAGAACCUCACCAACGCUGGAGCGAAAAAGAUUCUUGAGCCACUAUACGAUUUGCUUUCUCAAAUUCUCAACGAAAACGAACCUGAAAACGAUCUCACUCCCUCCGAGUAAAGGAACCUCCAGCAGCUUUCAUUAUCUAUAUAUAUAUAUAAACCACAAAACAAUUCCCAGACUAUAAUUUAAAACAAAUGUAUUUUUUGAAAUCUCAAAAGCCAUAGAGCUGCGAGAUUAUCUCACAAUUAAAUAUAAGUUUUCUUAUCGAAUAGUAAACCA